AUAGCCGCCUGGCGCCGCCAUUUUGCCUUCCCGACCUUGGGCCGGAGCUGAGCGCGUUCUGCAUCCCGCACCGUGCGGUCAUGUCUGCGCUGACGCCGCUGCUGCUGAGGGGCCUGACAGGCUCGGCUCGGCGGGUCCUCUUGCCGCGCGCCCAGAUCCACUCUAAGCCCCCGCGGGAGCCUCUCGGGACCACGGAUUGCAUCAUUGCGCUCACCUCCUGCUUCCUGUGUUUCCUCGUGCCACCGGCCUGGAUCAUGACACACCUGGACAGCUACAGGAAGCGGGAGUGAAGGGGGCAGCCCUCUCCCUCUGCCUGCAUCCUGACCACCCCCGGCCCAUCUGAUCAUGUCUUCUGCAUUCCUGGCUGGCCCUCCCUGGAUCAUGUCCUUCAGUUACAGUGACCUCUUCUGCAAUCAUGACCUCUCCAUGUCUCCACGGUGACAUCCUGGGACCACGUAUAUUAGCUUAUAAGGCUCUGCUUGGUGGGGCCCUGACUUGUAACAAUAAAGUCUGUUUAAACCUU